GUAACUAGUGGAAACCUAUGUUCUUGGCGGGGAUACGGACUGAGGUACAAUAAGAACGGUAACGUUAGCUGCUAGCUAGCAGUGAAAGCAGCGUGGGGAGCUGGUAAAUACUACAAAGCGUGCUAGUGGCACUAACGUUUCUGGGGAAUGUAUACUGAAUGCAUAUUCUAACUAACGUUAACUCUUCAGGCUAUCGAUAGCUAGUUGACUAGCUAUAUCGUCUUCCCUGCACAAACGUCUAGAUAUCCGUUUAUGUCCAGCAGCGUUAAAUAGGCAUCUUUGGGAAACGAAAUAGCCAACCAGUUCACAGAAGCGCAGUGUUGUUGACAGCUCCGGACCGACCCAAACGAGUGUUUUCUCUGGCCGUCAUCUCCAUCAGUCUCUGAGGAUGGUUCUGCUAAGGAGUGUCCCCGCACCCAGCGAGGGAGUCCGGCAUGAACAAGCCGAGACCACGGCGGUGUUGGACGGGAAGGGCCUCGGCGCAGGAACGCUCUACGUUGCUGAAACGCGAUUGUCGUGGUUUGACGGUUCAGGGAUGGGCUUCUCUCUAGAGUACCCCACUAUCAGCCUGCACGCCAUCUCACGAGACCUCAGCACCUACCCACAGGAACAUCUAUACGUCAUGGUCAACGCCAAACUCAACGAUGAGAACGAAGAAGAGAUGCAGGAGAAUGCCCAUGAUCAAGAAGAUGAGGAUAACAGUAGUGAGGAAGAUGAUUCUGAGGGGAUCACAGAGAUCCGCUUCGUCCCUAGAGACAAGGCAGCAUUGGAGUCAAUGUUUUCAGCGAUGUGUGAGUGUCAGGCCCUGCACCCAGACCCAGAUGAUGAAGACUCCGACGGGGACUUUGACGGAGAUGAGUACGAUGUGGAAGAAGCGGAGCAUGGUCAGGGUGAUAUCCCGUCGUUCUGUACAUAUGAGGAGGGUGUGUCGGGUCUGACGGCUGAAGGCCAGGCUACUCUUCAGAGACUGGAGGGCAUGUUAGCUCAGUCUGUUGCUAACACCUUUCACAUGGCUGGGGUCCGCACUGAUGAGGCCAAUGGAGAGUUUGACGAUGGGAUGGAGGUGGAUGCAGGGUCGACGAUGGCCGGACAGUUUGAAGAUGCAGACGCAGACCACUAGUAAUAACGUAUCAUAAUACUAUGUUGUAAUUAUCAAUGGAACUCAACUCUACUGCCAGUCAAAGCACUUGUGGGAUAGGAGGAGAAUAGUCAGCCCACUUCCUGAUUUUCUGUUCAUCUCAACAUACACAGAUUCUUCUCUUGUGUUUUGUACCUGGAGACCAGUUGUACUGAGAUUUCCCCAACAGGGAACAGUGUUGCCUUUGUAUGAAAUCUCUUCAUUAAACACACGUGUUUUUGUAUAAAGAA